AUGGCAGAUAACGGGGAGAGUUCUUCUCUCAACCCAUCACGGGCUGUACCAAUUCGAUCUCCCUCCCUUCGAUCAGCAUCGCCUGCUCCAGAUGGAAGCAUUCGACAGGCCUCGAUUGCCCGUCUGGCAUCGCCAGUCCCCUCUCCGUCCUUGGGAACAUCGUUCUCAUCUCGACCAGGUGUCCCCGCCAGCCGACCAAUCACGACCACAACGUCCAACCUUACAUCUGAACACAAUUUCCGUGCUGUGAAUGAUCUGUCAUCGCUUCCAGGACCAGGUCAUUCUAUGAUUGCAUCUCAACUGCAGGAAAGUCUUGGUCGCUCGCCUCCGAGGUUUGGGACUCCCUCUCGAGUAGCCAGUUCGCCUAUGGGGCCCUCGUUCAUAGAUAACCGCCCCAUGGCUUCGCAAUAUGGUUCUUUUGACAACAAAAACGGCGGCGACUCUCCUGCGCCAUUUGAGGAUCCGGAGGUAGUGAAAAGGCAUCUUGUCCUUCCACAACAUAUCUCUGAACAUCGCGAUACCGGCUCGGAGCUUGGAACUAGUUUAGGUGGCGAGGAUCACUUCUCAAGUCUACAGCUACAAGGAGGCGACAUGACUCGAGAGGUUUACCGAUGGGCAGAAGAUGCGGAUUCCGAAAAUCGAUUCGCGCGCAGCAAGAGUUUCAGCGUCAGUCGGCCAGCUCCGUCAGCAGAGACUGAGGAUAUCCACACAAUACUCGUACCAGGAGGGUUCCGACGUGACUAUCUGCGUCGGACGGCAGGCAGUCCGCACCGUGGGAGUGUGAACGGAUCAAAUUCGGGGGCUACGCCAGCCCAGCCUCAACUCCCUACCUCGAGCUUUUUGGAAUUCCUUACAUUGUAUGGCCACUUCGCUGGUGAAGAGUUGGAGGAAGAUGACGAAGUCCUAGGCCCUGACGAGUAUUUCUCGUCUGAUACUUGGGAUGAACCGGAUGAGAGCAGGGAAUCUGGAGAAGAUGCAGCCCUGCUCCAGGGUGACAGCGCCGGCCGCAGGAAACGAAAGCACAAGCAACGUGCACCUCCAGGGACAACAACUGUCACUGGUGCUGUCAUGUUGUUGCUUAAGUCUUUUGUUGGUACUGGAAUUCUUUUCUUGCCCCGAGCGUUCUUGAAUGGUGGCUUGCUAUUCAGUAGUUUGGUGCUUCUAGGUGUCUCUCUAUUGAGUUACUAUGCCUUCAUUCUGUUGGUUAACACUCGUAUGAAGAUUAAUGGGUCGUUCGGUGACAUUGGAGGUGUUCUUUUUGGCAAGCACAUGAGACGCAUCAUUCUUGGCUCUAUUGUGCUCAGUCAGUUGGGAUUCGUAUCUGCAUACAUUGUUUUCGUUUCGCAGAACUUGCAGGCGUUCGUGCAGGCCGUGAGCAACUGCAAGUCCUUCAUUGAUCUUAAGUAUUUCAUGUUCCUGCAAGUUAUCAUUUUCUUGCCUCUCUCGUUGAUUCGAGAUAUCAGCAAGUUGGGCUUCACUGCCCUGAUUGCGGACGCAUUCAUUCUCUUGGGUCUCCUAUAUAUCUACUACUACGAUGCCAGCACCUUGAUUGGCAAUGGGGGCAUCGCGGACGUAAUCUCGUUCAACCCUGCGACAUGGUCUAUGUUCAUCGGUACAGCUAUCUUCACUUUUGAGGGUAUCGGUCUUAUCAUUCCUAUCCAGGAGUCGAUGAAGCAGCCUCAACGCUUCCCAGGUGUUCUAGCUGGUGUCAUGGUCCUGGUUACCUUGGUCUUCCUUUCUGCUGGUGCGCUCAGCUAUGCCGCUUACGGAUCGGCUACCAAGACCGUCAUUCUCCUUAACUUGCCUCAGGAUGACAAGUUCGUCAACGUGGUCCAGCUCCUCUACUCUCUUGCCAUUUUGCUCAGCACGCCUCUACAACUCUUCCCUGCUAUUCGUAUUAUGGAGAAUGAGCUCUUCACUCGCAGCGGCAAAUAUAACCCAUACAUCAAGUGGCAAAAGAAUUCAUUCCGAUUCUUCUUGGUGGUCGUGUGUGCCGUCGUUGCUUGGGCUGGAGCUGAUGAUCUAGAUAAAUUUGUUUCGCUGGUUGGAAGUUUUGCUUGUGUCCCACUGAUCUAUGUCUACCCGCCCCUUCUUCACCUCCGCGCCUGUGCCCACUCCCGGCGCCAGGCUAUUGCUGAUAUCGCACUCGCUGUCUUUGGUGUUAUUGGCUGCGCCUAUACCACGACCACGACGAUUCAAAAUUGGAUUGGUGGUGGUGAAGUCCCAAGUCCGGGCUACUGUGAUUCCAAAUAA